CACGCACUCGCGUACAUGCACCCAUCCGGUCAGUGCACGCACAUACUCUACACCGAUUUUGUGAGUGCAGUUCACACACACAAGCUCCAGCUGACCCCGACAAAAAACAUAAACGCGCAUAUAUGUAACGUACUUUACUGAACCGGCCCACAAAAACUAGUUUGGUCGGACGAAACCAAAGCCAACACACACGUAGAAAUAAACUAGCAAGUGCCACUUACACGGUUAUACAAACUAUCAUCCAACUACCCCACACAUCUAAAGAAAAUGGACUUAACAUUCACGGGUACCAGCCUCACCAGCAAUUAGCCCCACAGCCACAAAAUUAAUCACAUAAUUAUUUGCCCUUCCAACAACCUUUCUUAAUUUUUUCCCGAAUUUCUCCACUUUUUAUUUGAUCAUUCCUUCCCGCAGACGCAUCACCUUGUAAUAUAACUUUGAAAACAAGAAGUGUACUUAACGACCCAAUUAAAAGAAUCAAAGAGCAGAGUAAAGCAAAACUACGAUACACAGAGACCAGACAGAAGCUCAACAAUCUUCUGUCACAACUAAAUUGUCUCGAAAUGAAACACAACACCGAAUUCAAAAGCGGUGUCUGCGAAGGGAAAACUGUUAAAGAGAUCGCGAAUCAUUUCGAGAAAAUAGCCCAGUACCGAUCGGAUAUCGAAGAGAGGCUCGCCGCUCCGCCUUCGAGAAGUCGUAAUGCGUCCGUGCGACAGUCCAUAACGGAGCCCAAUAUAUCGUUUCCGCCUAGAAAUUCUCCCUUUGUGUUUGCUAGAAAGCCCAACUACCUGAGAUGCGAUAUAAACCUACACGCAGUGUGGAAGCAUGCGGUGUUGCACGGCAAUAGCUUGUACUUUAAACGGAGUAGCGUUCAGAGCAGGAAGGGCGCACGGAACGCGUUCGGUGUGAGAGAGUCGCUACGCUCGAGCUUCGUUGCGUGCGUUCUUUUGUUGCAAUACGUUAUGUGAACACCUCACAUGUAAGAUGUUUUCCGUUUUUGUAGAUCCCUUUGUUGGUAUGUAGAUUGUAUGCAACGGGUAAUUAAUGAGUAGUUCAACUUGUUGAUUGUAUGUUUGGGUAACAUUACUAGGAAAUAGGUCAGUAAUUCAUAAAAGUUAGUUGAUGUAAGUAUAGACUAGUUUUUAUAGUUUGCUUAGAAUUUGUAGUUUAAUUUCGUUUUAUGAUAUUAUUUGAAGUGUCAUUAUACGAGAAUUCAACCUAGAAUUUGAGUUUAGGUACUCAUAGAACUGUCUUCCCUAUUUUUCAAACAUAACAUUGUAGAUUUGUGUAAUCUAUAAGUAUUAAUAAGCAAAAUAAUCAAUUACAUAAAUAUAUACAACGUUCAUAAUUAUCGAGAAGCGGUAUAUAACUAUUCAUCAUCAUAAGCACAAUCCCUUCCUAAU